AUGCCUCUCACUAACGUUAUAUACUGUGGUGUGUGUGACUUUCCUGCUGAAUACUGUGAAUUUUCCGGUAAAUUCAAACGUUGUAAAGCUUGGUUACAAGAAAACCACCCAGAAUUGUACACCAAAUGGUAUGGCGAUGUCACUGAAGAUGUGUCUAAACAAUUGGCAGAAUCAUCUAUUGGUGAUGAAAGAGAGGAGAAGCUUGAAAAGGCCCUAGAGAAACUAGAAAGAAAACAACAGGCUAGAGAGGAAAGAGAAUUGGCUAAGAAAUUAUCGUCUAAAGUUGUGAUCAGAAGAGAAGCAAGAACAAAACGGAAGUGUAUGAUUGCUAUCUCUGGACUAGAAGUUUUCGAAAUUGACAUGAAGAAACUUUCCAAAACUUUUGCAUCCAAAUUUGCUACAGGUUGUUCUAUCUCCAAAAAUGCCGAGAAGAAAGAAGAAGUGAUUGUUCAAGGUGAUUUGGCAGAUGAAGUAGAAGCAUAUAUACAUUCUUUACUAGAGGAAAAAGGUAUGAAAGAAGUUAAGGUAGAAGUAAUCGAUGCCGCGAAGAAGAAGAAAAAAGCUGAAACUACAACUACACCAGGAUCCGAAAAUAAGAAAUGA